AUGGCGGGCCACACUCGCCACGUCAUUGCGCUGUCCACAGAUGUGUGGCGUCUUGUGCGGAGAGCCCUUGCCAGGAGAGCUCAACAUGUAGCACGUGCCGUGGCUCGACGUCAAGCUCUGUUCAGAAGAGCUGCAGAAGUACACGCGCGCAAUUUGUCUGCAGUCGAAGUCGAAGCUCAGCGACUGGCUUCCGAUCGACGUGUUAAAAGGGAUCAAAAGUUCGAGGAGCUCCGACAAGCAGCCGAAGAAGCCGCUGCUCGACGGCGUGCUGCGCUCGACGCGGAAAAAGCUAUGGAUGAGGCUUUAUUGGAUGCUGUUGUUCUGGAACAGAACUAUCGGGACGAGGUAAUUGCGGAGGCUAAGGUCGAAUUAGAAUCGCACUAUGCAAGCUUGAUCGAAGACACGGAGAUUCGGCGUCGUACUGCACAAGAAAGCAUUGAGGCUAGUCGUCGAUUGAAUGCGAGCGUCGAUGAAAACGGAGCCAAGGUCCGUGAGUAUAAAGCCGGAUCAUAUGACCCCAGUUCUUCAAACGAUUCCGGGGGCUCAGAUUUUCUCAAUUUGCUUGAACCCGAGGCCUCCGUCCGUGAGGUUGCUCCGACCCAGUCUCCCAUCGACGAAGUAUCACUCACCCUAAAUCAUCAAAAAGUGAAUUCUGAUCUGAAUCCUGACAACCCGAACGUCACGGAGAUUCCAAUAGAAGCAGAUUCAUUGGCCGCAUUGCGUACCAAAUAUCGCUUUCGUAACGCGGGCGCUAUCUUACCGAAGGAGCACAUGUUUCAACUGCUGUAUCGUAAUGUGAAUCUCGGUGCGCUGGAGAAUGUGCCGGAGGCUGCACCAAGUGUCACCAAGGUGCAGGUAACCCCAAUCCGUACAACACAGUCAAUAGAUACCAUACAUUCGACAGAUCCGAAACAGUCGACUACUGUUCGAUCUCGUUCUCACAAUCAAUGCGGUCAUGCCUCGGAUUCAACUGUACAACAAAUUCUGUAUGGACCUGGUACUGGUCCAGCUUGUCGAGAUUCCGCUUGGGAGAAACAAAAUGCACUGGAUGAUGCUAUUGCAUUUGCAGUCGAACGCGAGCAACCAAAUGCUAUCGAAUUCUUUCGUGAAGCUCUUGCACCGCAAAAUUUCGGCACACUUUUACCCCUCUUUACGAAGGAAUUUCCGAAUUUAUUGGAAUUAGUGUUCCUGUUGUGGUAG